AUGGACAAAGUGGUCAUCAUUCUCCUGCUCCUGGGAACCGCAGUUAUGAUGGUCCAUGCAUGUCCAAAAUACUGUGUCUGCCAGAACCUCUCAGAGUCCCUUGGCACGCUUUGCCCCUCCAAAGGCCUGCUUUUUGUCCCUCCAGAUAUUGACCGACGAACCGUGGAGCUGCGGCUGGGCGGAAAUUUUAUCCUCAAGAUCACCACACAGGACUUUGCCAAUAUGACUGGUCUUGUGGAUCUCACCCUGUCCCGCAACACCAUUAGCACCAUCCAGCCUUUCUCCUUCAUUGAUCUCGAAACCCUCAGAUCCCUACAUCUUGACAGUAACCGGUUAACUGAGCUGGGUCCAGAUGACCUGCGGGGCCUCGUCAACCUCCAGCACUUGAUCCUUAACAACAAUCAACUAAACCAGAUCUCCAAAGCAGCCUUCGAUGACCUAUUGCUGACACUGGAGGACCUGGAUUUGUCAUACAACAACUUGCGCAGCGUGCCUUGGGAGGCCAUCCGCAAGAUGGUCAACCUCCAUCAAAUGAGUUUGGACCAUAACCUUAUUUUCUUUAUUGCUGAGGGGACUUUUACAGAUCUGGAUAAACUAGCACGCUUAGACCUCACCUCCAACCGUUUGCAGAAGCUUCCCCCGGACCCCAUCUUUGCCCGUUCCCAGAGCAGUGUGGUGAUGAGUACUCCCUAUGCCCCUCAGCUUUCCCUAAGCUUUGGGGGGAAUCCUUUGCACUGCAACUGUGAAGUGCUGUGGCUUCGCAGGUUGGACCGAGAGGAUGAUAUGGAAACCUGUGCUUCACCUUCCAGUCUGAAAGGGCGGUACUUUUGGUCAGUUCGUGAAGAGGAAUUUAUUUGUGAGCCCCCUCUGAUCACCCAACACACACACAAAUUACUAGUGCUGGAAGGCCAAACAGCCAGCCUGCGCUGCAAGGCCGUUGGCGAUCCAAUGCCAAUUGUACACUGGGUCGCUCCCGAUGACCGUUUGAUAAGCAAUUCUUCACGAGCAACAGUAUAUGAAAAUGGGACCCUGGACAUUACAAUCACCACAGCUAAGGAUUAUGGCACCUUUACUUGCAUCGCUGCCAAUGCUGCUGGGGAGUCUACUGCCUCCAUAGAGCUGUCUAUUAUUCAACUCCCCCACCUGAGUAAUGGAACAAACCGUACCACACAGUCCAAGUCAGGGCUCUCUGACAUCACCAGCUCUACCAAGAUCAGUAAGGGGGAGCCAAAGCCUCUGCCAGAGAAAGUGGUGUCUGUAUCAGAGGUGACAUCUGUCUCUGUUCUCAUCAAAUGGACUGUUAGCAAAUCAACCCCAAAGGUCAAAAUGUACCAACUUCAGUACAACUGCUCUGAAGAUGAAGUCCUCAUUUACAGAAUGAUUCCCAUGGCAAACAAAGCCUUCUUAGUUACUAAUCUGGUCCCAGGGAUGCAGUAUGACCUGUGCGUCCUGGCCAUCUGGGAUGACGCCACCACCACCCUCACUGCCACCAACAUUGUCGGCUGUGUCCAGUUUAUCACCAGGGACGACUACCCUCAGUGCCAGUCUCUCCACAGCGGCUUCCUGGGCAGCACCAUGAUUCUGGUAAUCGGUGGCAUUAUUGUGGCCACGCUGCUGGUGUUCAUAAUCAUCCUCAUGGUGCGCUACAAGGUGACCAGUGGCAUCCAAACGCACAAACUACCCACCGUUAGCAACACGUACUCGCAGACCAACGGCGGGCUGAACAGGCUCAACGGCGCUCCACCGCAGGUCAAACCAACCGUGGUUGUGAUGCGCGAGGAGAUGGUGGAAUUCAAAUGUGGCUCGCUCCAAAGCAGCGUCUCCUCCUCCUCCUCCUCCUCCAACUCGUUGGACAGCCGCAUCAGCAAAGGGGGCCGCGACCGCUACAGCCUGCAGGAGAGAGAAUGUAACACGCUCCCCAGCAGCAAGUUCAGGAGGCACGGGCCUAGCGCCAAAGCGCGGCCCAACUUGGACCACCUUUUAGGGGCCUUCGCCUCGCUGGAGCUGCGAGGUGUUGCAAAGGACAACCAGGGGGCGACUGCCUCCUCCUCCUCCACCACCACUUCAAAUGCGAUGAUGGUGGUGGCUGUGGCACCUCCAUCUGACAAAGAGCCCCUGCUCGGAAGGGCCGAAUCCACCACCAUGUUGGGACGUCUCCUCGGGUUUCCCCAAGAGGGUAAGCCCAAGAGGAGUCACUCCUUUGACAUGGGCCACGUGGGGGCCACACAAUGCCUCAGCAGCUACCCACGCAGGAUCAGUAAUAUCUGGACUAAGCGCAGCCUGUCUGUCAAUGGCAUGCUACUCCAGUAUGAUGACAGUGAGGAGGAAAAGCCCACUUUUGAGAGCUCUGAGUGGGUGAUGGAGAGCACGGUAUGA